GUCACAAUUUUGCAUUUCUAUGGAUAAAAUUUACAUUAUAUUAUUUUUAAGGGAGGCGACAUCACGAAAUAAUCCAUAAGGCUCUCUUCUCCCGAUUAAUCUCAUUAUUUAUGACUUUCUACCGUUUUCCUAUUUUUGUUUAAGGCUAUCAGUAUUUUAGCGGGAAUAUUCGUCACGGGGUCACGCUUUAGGCGGGAAUUGAAUGCCGCAUCUCUCACGAAGAAGCGUCUAUUUACCAACAUCAAUCACAUACUUCAAUUAUCAUUUCUUAGAUCUAAAAACUAUCUGUUUCCCACUACCGUACAAACCCAAGCUAUUCACGCAGAAGUUUUAGCAAAAGUUAAAGAAUGUUACACACGUUUUCUUUUUAAAAUUCAAAUGAGAAUGAUCAUUAUUUCUUCACUCGGUCGUUACUUGGACAUUUUAAUCUUUUUUAAUUGAAUUCCAUUGAAAGCUGAUUUAGAAUUUAUUUUCACUUUCUUAGGAAUCAAGCCGGACACACCGAGAACAGAAGCGCAGGUUUCUGUACAGGAGUUGUUGAACAGAAUUGAAAGUCUAGAAAAUGAAAUGUCAACCAUAAAAAGUAAAAUGAAGGUGAAAGAUAAUGCAUUGAAAAGUUUUGUCACAGAACAUGAGAGUCAGGUUGAAGUUCUUCGGGAACAAGUCAACAAGACUGCCACGAGGGUUGCUACAGUGGAUGGUGUUUGGGUGAAGAUGCGCAACUCACACGAUGCCUUUGAGAAAAAACUGGAUUCUGAAUUCAAACAACUAAACGAAUCUGUAGAGAAACUGAAUAGCAAAGAUACCAAGAUAUCAUCUAGUGUAAAUGAACUUCGACAAAAUCAGAUUCUAACAGAGAGGAUGAGUGAAAGGUUAGCGAUCAAUGUUACCAAUGUUGAGUCUUCUGUUCAAGAAUUGAAGAAGACCAAUAGAAACAUCAACACCCGGGCAGCAAGUCUUGAGAGAGGAUAUACCCUGAUGAACAACUUGAUGAAAUCACUUCAAGCAAUCGAUACCGCGCAAAACGCCUCACAGCAACAACUGCAUUCUCUGCACAAACGUUUGAGAGCCUCUUUGGCGGCAGUGAACGUAUCGUUAAACAACAAGAUCAAAAGGUUAGAUGCUAUUAGCGACAAGCAGCAGGGCGUAAACCUCAGCCUGUGUGAACGGGAAACUAUCCUCGGGGUUCGUACAACAGCUACCCAGAUGAGUGGUGAAAGCAAAACCGACUACACAGUGCCACAGGGUAAGCAAGUGAUGGGUGUCACUUGUGCUACUAAUAGAGCAAGAUUUUAUUCACUGGAAUUGCCACCAAAAGGGGGCUCGGACUACAGAUGCAGAUGUAGAUAUAUAUCCCGUGCAUUCCAAGGUUCCGACAAUAUGAAAUGUGAUAUGCACGUAUGGCUAUGUCCCAUAUGAACACCGCUCUUGGAACUCAUGAUGUGGAGGGAAAAAUACAACGAUGGUCGUUCACGACCAUGAGAAUACGAAACGACAUCGAUGGCUGAAAAUUUUUAUUCCCUUUUUAUUUUCGACAAGGACUAUUUUGGUCUGCAACAUGAAGCAAAUUAUUUUAACAGUAUUCAAUCAUAAACCAAGUUGAUAACGUAAGUUUUUGUUCGUACAUUUGUCGUUAAGAUAAAAUUAUUUAAUACAAGUGUUUGACGUCCAAUAAGAGCAGAGCUGUCCAUAUCUCAGCUUGCAGUAUUAAGGCUAGGACUAAAAAACAUCAAAAAGUUCCAUGAGACUGAAAUCAA